AUGAAAUGUGACGAACGCAAACCGACUUGUCGGCACUGUGAAAUAGCCCGUCGAGAGUGUCGUUAUGACGUCUCCGAGUCGGCCGCCCGCCGCUCCGAGAGCAACGGCGGCUUCCAGUUUGACGCGAGCCAUGUCUGGCUGGACACUCCCGAGGUCCGCUUCGUACACACCGUAGCCACGAGCACAGACGACACCGACGCAAACACCGAGAGCAACACGGCAACCAAUGUCUCCACACCCGCCCAGCCGUCGCCGGAGCCGGACACGGGCGUGUUGUUUGACGACGAUGGCCACAUGCCUGCAUUGGCAGCAGAACACGCCGCCCACCAGCCCGUCCCGGAGCCGGUCUCGGAGCCCGUUUCGACACCGGCGUAUCCCGUUACCGCCCCGACGCCGUCGCACAAUGCAACCGAUUUCGCCUCCCCGUACUCCACAACGAGCGGCGGCAGCCCCGACACCAUCGUGGACCCCAUGCAGUCUCUUAUCCGCAUGCGUGCGUCCGGCUCCGUCAUCUACACGCCCGGACCUACGCAGCCGCUGCGGGAUCCACAGAUUGCCACCUUGCUCCAGCACUACACGCAACACCUGGCCGGCUGGUUCGACGUCAACGACCCGCACCGCCAGUUCGAGACGUUCGUUCCGUUUCUGGCCCUGAGCUGCCCGGUUCUGCUGCACGCCGUGCUCGCCCUGUCUGCGUGCCAUCUCCACCGACGCAAUGGGUCCCGCUACGGGGUCCACAACGGCCACGGGCCCCAUGACAAGCUGUAUGCCUCGCAGUUCCACGACCUGUGCAUCCAGGACCUCAUCCCGGCGCUCGCCGACCCAGCCACGGCGCUCGACAAUGUGCUGCCCAUAUCGACGGUCGUGCUGCGCAUGUACGAGAUGCUGAGCUACGAGAGCGGCGGGGACAAUGAGGCGACGGCGGACCGCGAGACGGAUGCCCAGCGCAACGACCUUCACCGCCGUGGCUGCUCGUCGCUCUUCAUCCACAACCGCAAAAACAUUGGGUUCCGCGCGCUCAAGCGGACGGCCUUUUGGACGUACUUUCGCGAGGAGAUUAUGGUGGCCCUGGCGUCGCGCCGGCCGACGGCCAUCCUGCCGCGCCACUGGAAGGUUGACAUCACCUGGGGCGGCGACUACGACUAUGUCAAGACGGAGCAGAUGACGAUGCUCAUGGCCGAGGUGGUCGACUUUUGUUUUGGGCAGGGGGGCGGCGGCGACGGCGAUGGCGUCGACAACAACAACAACAACAACAACAGCAACAACAGCGACACCCACCCCCCCGAUCGCUGGAGCGACCUGCAGCGGGAGGUCUCGGCGUGGCACGAAGCCCUGCCCGAGUCGUUCCAGCCGCUGGCCGUCCUCGACGACGGCGGGCCGUUUCCACACAUCUUCUACCUCUCCACAUGGCACAUGAUUGCCAUGCAGUUCUACCACCUGGCCAAGGUGCUGCUGGCGCUGCACAAUCCCCACCCCGCGCGGGGGAUGGAUUUUCUCGGCUUUGCGAGAGCCCUCGAGGUAGGGUUGGCGGGUGGUGUGCGUGCUACUACUGAGAUUCUCGAGCAUGCGCUGCAGUUGUGCGGCAUGACCAAGACAACGGGAGACAAGCACCCGGGCGUGCUCGUCAACGCCGUGCAGCCCCUCGUCAUAUGCGGUCGGAUUUUCAAAAAACCAGACGAGCAAGCAGAACUGGUCCACAUGCUGCAACGGAUCGAGGAGGUCACGGCUGUCAGCACGGCCGAGGGGAUUCAAUCCCUCAACGAAGCGUGGGGAAUGGGGUAG